AGUUGACCCCCGUUGCAAAGGAAGGGACAAAUCGGACAAUUCGGUCUAUUCGAUGGAGAGCCGAGCGAAAAGUAGACUCUCGGAUAUUUUCGGUGGAACCGUGUAGGAGAGGAGAGUGUGAUGGAGAAGGUCUGCCGAAGAAGAAAGUCUAGCGCGGAUCUCGAGUAUUAAUACCAGCCACAUGCGGUAAUUCCUCAGAGGUCGCACUCUCUAAUCUCCAUUCUCAGUCGUUCAUUUCUUCUUCUUUCCGGUGAUCAAUAUUUCAUUUUGCUGGUAAAUGGUCAGAGCUAUGAAAGAAGCAAGCGUCGCUCCAGAGGGAGAGGUGGGCUUAAAGAAGAUGAGAGGAAUCGUCGUUCAUGAGAGUUUUUGCUACGAAAAGGAAACCCAGCUUACGGUGCGCAAGACCUCUCUUUUCUUUGCCGGCGACGGGUUCUCCGUCUACGACUGCAAAGGUGAGGUUUUCUUCCGUGUCGAAUCCUACGGUCCCGAUGUCCGAGACAAAGAUGAAGUUGUUCUCAUGGACGCCUCCGGCAAGUGUCUCCUCACCGUUCGAAGAAAGAGGCCGAGUUUGCAUCAAAGAUGGGAGGGAUUCUUGGGCGAGAGAAGCGAAGGAGACAAGCCCAUCUUCAGCGUACGGAGAUCAUCGAUCAUCGGACGGUCGAGUGUAACCGUGGAUGUAUUCGGAAACCCAGGUGAGGAGUACCUGAUCGACGGUUCGUUCCCGCAGCGGUGCUGUACGAUCUACGAUACAUCGUUCAACUCGUCAAAGGAAGCAGUGGCCGAGAUCAGAAGAAAAGUUGACGCGUCGACCAACAUGGUGCUUGGGAGAGACGUUUUCUCGCUCUGUCUCAAGCCCGGAUUCGAUGCUGCAUUCGCGAUGGGCUUGGUCCUCGUUCUUGAUCAGAUCAACAGUGAUCACGUCGUCGUGGAUGAUGGAGCCGAGGUUGAUCAACCGGCGGAGGAUGCAUCUCCCUGAUUAUUCCGGAUUUUUCAGAUGUGUUUUAUCCAACGGCUAUAAUCCGGUUCACGUGUACCCCUUCUCCCCUCCCCCUCUCAGACUCGGAAGAUCAGAAAAUAUCGUUUUCUUUCUUUUUUUUUUAAAUAAUAUUAAUCUAAUAAAAUAUUUGAAGGUUACAUUUUUUGGUUAUUUUCCGGAAAAGAGUAACCACUGGAUUGGAACGUUAAAAUUUCACCAAAAAAAAAGGAACGUUAAAUCUGCAGAUGAUGAAAUCUUGUUUUCUA